GCAGGACUCGUCCCGCUCUGACGGACAUAUAAAGGAGGGUUUCGGCUGCUGAAGGCAUUUGUUCUUAGACGAGUACCAAACAGAGAUCUUCAAAAUGUCUGGCCGCGGAAAAACUGGAGGAAAAGCCAGAGCUAAGGCUAAGACCCGUUCGUCUAGAGCUGGACUCCAGUUCCCCGUGGGUCGUGUCCACAGGCUGCUGCGCAAAGGCAACUAUGCGGAGCGCGUCGGUGCCGGAGCUCCCGUGUACUUGGCGGCUGUUCUAGAGUAUUUGACCGCUGAGAUCUUGGAGUUGGCUGGAAACGCUGCCCGUGACAACAAGAAGACCAGGAUCAUCCCCCGCCACCUACAGUUAGCUGUUCGCAACGACGAGGAGCUCAACAAACUGCUGGGCGGAGUCACCAUCGCCCAGGGCGGCGUCCUGCCCAACAUCCAGGCGGUGCUGCUGCCCAAGAAGACCGAGAAACCCGCAGGGAAGGCAAAGUAAACCUGGAUCAGCUGUGAUCAACAAAAACGGCUCUUUUAAGAGCCACACAAACAAACUAAAGAAUAGUUUACUUGUGGGUGACAAUACAUGAAACCAUCAACUCCAAAGAUAAAAGCAACCAUAUGUGCCAUGUGGUUUUGUGACAGAUCUUAUCGUGCUGAGGUGCAGUGUAGGUUGGUUGAGAGUGUCGUUUUAAGUUGUUUGAAGGUUGCUUGUUAACUUUUCUUUUCUCUGAAAACCACCAAUCAGCAGAUUCUUCAGUCUGAGGGCAGUUGACUGAAGGACACAAACUUGUCCUCCAGCUCCAGUGAGGUUUCACUUCCCACCUCUAAUGGGCUUAUGUGAAUGAAGGACUGGUGUAGUGAUUAGGUGUGAACAUUAAGUUAAUGUUCUGUGGGUUAUUGAUUUUUAAUUUGCUUUGCCCAAUAUUUUUAUUUUUCUUAUUACAUUCAGUUACACAGAAAGACAACUCAUCAGCCUCUUAAAGAAAUUUCCACAACACUUAACCAUCUUUUUGAGUCUCUUCCUUUUUCUGCCUGUACUGCCCCCUGCCUAACACACAACUCCAUACAGGACUAUUGAGGCCACCACAGUGACAUUGACAGUCCCACACUGCAUAACAGACUACAUCACUGUGCCAGCUAAGAUAGUCAUGUCAGGAAGGGCAUCUGGCGUAAAAACUUGGCCAAUCAAUCGUAAAUAAUUUGUCUUUAUUCCAUCGGGGGUCCCUCCCGAUGGGAUAAAGUCGAAAGGAGUUGCCUAAAUGAUUAUAGUCUUGACUAACAUCAAAUUAAACAACAGAUUCCGGGGUACAAUGCUGUUGUAAUAAAUCUGGUUCAUGUGCAACAAAACAGACAAGAAUAUGACACAAUAACCCAUUAGCAUGUACCACUACUUGUAUUACACCUCCUAUUACAUCUCAUAAGUGUUCCUUGUAUUAUCUAUAAUUGCAUUCAAAUUGCCAUAAGCGUAAAUCCAUGAACGGAGACCACAGAGUCCAGUGUGUUCGGGUUGAACCAUGACUCAGUGAAACACAGCAGGCUGCUCUCCCGGUACAUGCGCUGCAGCCGCACAAGUGCCGUUAGCUCGUCCAACUUGUAUUGAACAAGUUAAUGGCUGUGUAUAUAAUGCAAACAUAAUGUUUAUUAAUGCAAGUUUCCACAACUCUAUGUGGAUUUGCAGGAAAGACACAAUACACAUAUAGAGUGGAAAUAAAGAUUAAAAAUGCAAAGAAAAGGACAGAGCUGCUGAAACUUGCUGCCACACACGCCAUCUAGGAAAAAACUACAGUUUUGACUUGUCAUAAAUACGUUACAGAUAUGUGUAACAUAUGUAGAAGAAACAUGUCUGUUAUUGCCAUAAUAAUGCCGUGACAGUAUGCUGCUUGCCAUGUUUAUAAAGAUUUUACAUGUUGAAACAACCAGCCCAUUGAUAUGAAACAUGUUUGAGGCGCUACUCUGCAACACAUCCGCUUCAAAAGAGCGAUGCUGUGUCAAGCGGGACUACUCGAGUUGACCAUCUCUAGCGAUACUAGGAGGUUUGUUAGUGCAUUAGCAGUAUAAAGGAGAUUUUGGGUCUGUGGAGAUUUUUGUUUUUCAGUUCAUGGAUGUCUUGUCUCUCACACUUGUCCUGUCUAUGCCUUCCAUGUCAGUUCCACCUGUUGUGCAUGGUGUGUGUACACAGCGGCGUUUAGUUUAAUAAUUCGUUGCCCAUUUGUAUGAUGUUUUUGAUUUUAGUGAUUAGUCCCAAUGUAGUUCAGUUAUUUUCCUGCUUAGCAGUGACUUUAGCCUCUGCCUUUUAUGUCUUGAAUUUAGGUUCUGCAAGACAGUGAGUUUGUAUUUAGUUAUUAUCUACCUGUGUUAUUCCUUAUAUACUGCAGUGUGCAGUAAAUUUAUUUUCCUGUUUUUAACAUUCAAUAAAUCUGUUUAUGUUAAAACCAGGGUAGAGAGAGUGCAACCAGCUGCUGAAACAAACAACAAAUCAGCGCAGCAACACAACAAAACAUAAAUAGGCACAAAAUAAUUAGAUAAAUAAAGAUACACCUUUAGCAGAACGCAUCUGUCUUUAAGAGGCAGCAGCAGCUGUUAGUGUUAUGAUUCCUCUUAAAUAAAGCUCUGAAAUAUACUGGAAAUGAUCAGAUGGCUGUGUCAAAAAGUGAGUCUGAUAAAAGCUCAGCUCCUUCCUCAUUGCAGUUUGUUCCACUACCUGAGUGUCUCAGCACCUUCAGGUCUUUAAAAGCCUCUGACUCUAUUCAUCAACCACCAUUGCAGACUCAAAAUGUUACACUGACUUUUUAAGAGACACAGAGAUGAUAAAUAACAGAA